CCACGAGGCCUAUAUAUAUUAUAUACCAAGAAAUAAAAAAGAUGAGAACUUUAGUACGACCACUUGUUCGCCGGAGAAGACGAGCCAAUUGAGAACGACGGCGAUGCGUUUCCAGCUCAAACCCUAACCCUAAGAAUCGAACGAAAAACCCUAGCCUUGUUCAGCCUCUUCUCUUCUCCGCCAUUGCCACAUCUCUUCUCCGUCUUCUUCCUCUGCGAUUUUACGUCCACAACCCUAAUUUUCCGAUUGCAAUUUAGUGUGAAUUCGAUGGAAAACCUUCACAGCAACUCGAAAAUGGCGAAAUUGGACACACGAUUGUUCAGAGGGAACUUGGAGAAUGUGGACGUCAACACGCCGUUGUUCAGGUACUUGUGCGCUCAGUCUCACUCUCCGUCACUUUCUCCGACGGACACCUUGAAGCAACGUCGCCGCCACCACUCGCCGCUGUCGCCUCUGGAGAAUCUGAUGCAGAGGUCGCCGUUCUCGCCUCUGGAGAAUCUGAUGCAAAGGUCGCCGCACUCUCCUCUGCAGAAUCUGAUGCAGAGGCCGCCGCCUCCGACAGUUUACAGAACGCCGAUAGGAGCGGUGGAGAGGGAGGAGGUUUUGGUGAUGGACGGUGUUUUGGUCACCGGAGGAGGAGGGAGGAGUUCGAGGUCCGCAUCAUCAUCGGAUUAUUUGGGGAAGACGCCGUGCAAGACUGAUCUUUACAGGUCCUGGGAGGAUUCUCGAAGUUACGCUUCCAAAUACCAGUGUGCUUCUGGAAAAGAAAAGCAGCGUCCAACUCGUUGCCCUGUCAAGAACAAACCUGAGGCACAUAUAUGCAAGUCAUACACUGCCACAAGUUAUCCAUGCCCACCCAGCCCCAAGUCCCGAUUUAUCCAUCCCGUCAUGCCAUCUUCAGUUACAGAAGCAGCAGGAGCCAGAACACAAGCAGCCUCAUCGACUACACCCAAAAACGCCAUAUCAAUCCCUGCUACCACCACCAUCUGCCUGGACUGGUCACCCCAAGAUGAUGGCAUUGAGGUUGUAUUGCCGCAUUCAUCAACUGGAACACCUCCAUCAAGGGAAGAUAUAGAUUCCUACAUCAGCGACGUUCUUUGUGGUCCCACUAAAGGAAGGAGAUUACGAGUGUUUGCUGAGAUUUAUGCAGUGCAGUGAACUGAUUGGUACGGAGAAGCUUCCACCUGAGACCAAAGGUAUAAUAAUGUACAUUCCUCCGAUUUCUUCCUCAAACAAACCCGGUUCCUUUCAGUCUCAACUUUUUUUCGACUCGCUGCUCGUAUUGUAGUACGGAACAGGAUUAGAUUGAGCACGAAUUCUUGUCAACGAAAUACUUGUUGACGGGGCAUUAUCGAUGCUGUUACCACAGUACACUGUAUAACAUUGGAUGAUAUUAGCUAUAAAAACUUCAUAUUCCCAGUGUAAUUACACUUUGUGAAAACUAAUUGGUUUUCUAGGCCAUAUUUGUUAAA